AUGAGACCGAUCAUUCCAUCACCUCCCACUCCCACCGCAGCACCUCCCACUGCAGUACCUCCCACUGCAGUACCUCCCACUGCAGCACCUCCCACUGCAGCACCUCCCACUGCAGCACCUCCCACCCCAGUACCUCCCACUGCAGCACCUCCCACUGCAGUACCUCCCACUGCAGCACCUCCCACUGCAGCACCUCCCACCCCAGUACCUCCCACUGCAGCACCUCCCACCCCAGUACCUCCCACUGCAGUACCUCCCACUGCAGUACCUCCCACUGCAGCACCUCCCACCCCAGUACCUCCCACUGCAGCACCUCCCACUGCAGUACCUCCCACCGCAGCACCUCCACUGCAGCACCUCCCACCCCAGUACCUCCCACUGCAGCACCUCCCACCCCAGUACCUCCCACUGCAGUACCUCCCACUGCAGCACCUCCCACCCCAGUACCUCCCACUGCAGUACCUCCCACUGCAGCACCUCCCACCCCAGUACCUCCCACUGCAGCACCUCCCACUGCAGUACCUCCCACUGCAGCACCUCCCACCCCAGUACCUCCCACUGCAGCACCUCCCACCCCAGUACCUCCCACUGCAGUACCUCCCACUGCAGCACCUCCCACCCCAGUACCUCCCACUGCAGCACCUCCCACCCUAG